AAUAAAUCAAGAAGUUUAUCUUAAUAAUUUACUCUCAAGUCAGAAUUAAUGGUUAGCCAAUUGGUAAUACAAUUGAUAAUACAUACUCAAGUCAGGAUAAAUGCCGUAGUGUAAACCAUUAAAAACAAACAAUCCGAUGUGUGUAAAAUCAAUUUCCCCGCCUUUUAAGGAACCCACCAACUAAUUACAGACUGAGGCUAAAUCCAAAUCAAAAUGUUUGUUGGGUCCUGCAUACUAGUGAUCUUACUCUCGCAGAGCAGCGAGGGAAUCCACAACGGAGUGGACGCCCGGUUCGACUUCUGGACCUUUGUGGCCUCGCUGCGGAUCAACGGGUACCACGAGUGCGGUGGCUCGGUGAUCGACAGUCGCAUCAUCCUGACCGCAGCGCAGUGCGUAAAGGAUAUUCCGGUGGGUAAAAUUGCCGUCCGAGUGGGAACGCCGGAUGUCCGCAGAGGCGGGAAGAUCAUCAAGGUGGCGGCGAUGGCGGUGCACGAGAACUACGGCGAGUUGAAGAACGAUAUUGCACUGCUGUGGACCAGGUCGUCGGUUUUAACGACGGGAGUGACCACCGUUAAACUGGCCGACAAGGAACCCGUCGAAAAUGAGUUCCCAAGCAACGCGGGAUGGGGCGAGAAGCAACUGGAGACCUUCGGUUCGACCAAAAAGCUGCAGAAUGGAGUCACCAAGGUCCAGAAUCGAUCUAUGUGCAGCGACGAGCUGGACGAACAGGUUGGCGCAGACCUGCUCUGCACCUUCUACCACCAGAACGACAUCUGUCCAGGUGACUACGGAGGUCCCAUGAUCUUUGCCAACCAUUUGGUCGGCAUCGCGGUGCAAGGACACGGCUGCGGAUACGUCGUCCUGCCUUCCCUCUACACGAAUGUCGCCCACUUCCGCAAAUGGAUCGAUGCCAAGUCAGAGGAGCUCAAGAAAAAUAAAUAAUAAAAUAUUUAAAAAA